UUAUGGUUCUACACAGGGACCUGCACUGACCCUGUUUCAAGAGCAUGUUAGAACAGCUUUGUGGAUGUUGCAUCAUGUACUACGUGACUCUUAAAAGGUGCUGAACUUACCAACACACUCAUUCUCAGUAAAUAAGGAGAAGAAGCUGAGUGGGCGGAAACUUCCUGAUCUAAUAGGUUGCCAGCGAGUUUGAGGAGUGAGAGGACAGGAGGAAGUAGGGGAGGGAUCAUCACUGAGGUCCGACAGUUUGAGAGCCAAAACACACACGAACUAGUGACUUAUACUUGCAAAAUGCGUACGUGAGACCAGAGGCUCAAAUCACGCUGAAGAGUUCCGACCAGUGAAAGUUUGCCAUUUGAAACACAGUUUAGGUCAACGCUUGUUCCAGCAAUUCCUGUUUUACAGCUCAACAUGUUCUGCGCAAAUGUGUUGGCCAUAUCAAUGGACAUGGGCUUCGGCCUUCCAGCACAUGGUCACCUGCUCAGACCCCCUUCUCCAAAAGUCCGGCACCGCACUUGUGCGAAAAAACGGGUCGUGUUUGCUGACUCCAAGGGCCUCUCGCUCACCUCUGUGCGCAUGUUCUCCAAGAAGGAGGAAAAGCCUCACGAGGAGGCGCCAGUGUCCCUGAGACUGAAGAGCCUGCGCUGGGUGGGAGAGUGCGCUCAGGGCCCCAGGCUGCGCGUGGGCUUUGCUCAGCCGUGUGCGGACCUCCAGGCUUUCCAACAGCGUGUGCGCCACAGCCCGGUGCUGCUGGAGAGCUGCUGCGUCACAAAGCGAGCCCUCGUGGGCACAGUGCGUGUGUGGAACCUCAGCUACGAGAAAGUUGUGCACGUACGCAUCACCUUUGAUUCCUGGCGCACCCAGCAGGAUGUGCCAUGUGCCUUUCUGCAGCGGUGCUGUGGCGAGCCUGACACGGACUCUUUCUCGUUUCACGUUGGGCUGCCAGAGGCCUUAAAGGCACAAGAGCACAUUGAAUUCUGUGUGAAAUAUCUACCAGAGGGACAUAGUCAAGCCUUCUAUGACAACAAUGAUGGGAACAAUUACAGCCUCCAUGUUUGCAACUGACAUUAGGUGCAUUUACAUGCACUUAAUAAUGCGAUAAUUGCAUAAAAUCACA